UUCGAUGCGUGGCGGAUGAUCCUUUGGUUGUGUGUGUGGAAAGCGCAUGUUAAAAUACCGUUUCCAUGCGAAAUCGUGUUACCAUCAAGGGCAUGGACCAUCGCGAUCGAUGGUUAGGGAUCGCAGUUCUUCAACAGCCGUCGGAUCGCUUGAUCGCAUUCAAAACUGACGCGUCAGUGCAACUUUGCCAACACACACAACGAAGGAUGUGGGCUCUGUGAAUGAACUUCCCAACAGUGAUUGAAAUCAGCGAUGCAGUAAUAGCGCUGCAGGCACAGUGCAACGUGUCGUGGGUGAAACUAUACGCUCGGUGCAUCGUGACGGAUGUAGUAAGAACGUUUACUACAUGUUUCAGAAGAUCUAAAGCAGACGGGACGGUCCAGUCACUUCCGUUGGGGACAUAAAGCUUUACGGUUAGCGCAGUUUUAUCGAGGCAUACUUAUCAGCAGUGCCGCGGCGGCCAAAAAGUGUCCGACCUACUACACAUAACGCUGCGUGCGGACUUUGCGACGGGGACCGGUGCGGGACACAUUCAUCUGUAUCCGCGGCACGAUUUCAUAGAACCGAUUAGCAGGGCGCGUAGGGUGUUUGGGGUGGUGUUCGCAUGUGCAUUCGUCAUAUGACGCCCCGGCCACGACCGCAAAGGCGUAAAAUUGUCAUCUACGCGAAGGCGUGCGGUCAGUAACUAGCCCGAGGCCAGCGCGAACAGUCACGCCACGGCCGGAUUUGUAGUCACCGCUUGACGCAGUCGCGAGUGAAGUGAAUCCGCGUGUUUCCGUUAUUUUUUUUUCUGCGAGUCGCCUCCUACGUCUGCGCACCAUCGUGAUCGAGCUCUCUCCGCGUUCACGUACUCCAAUCGCUUGCGGAACGAGGAAAUUGCAGCUAGUGAAGUGGUCUACAAGACGGUUUUAGGCAGAAGAGGCCUAUUGUUUUGCUAGCCUUCUUUUUUACAAAAGCGCGUGCACCCAGAAGUGUUAUUUCCGCAAGUUUCAUUAAGCUGAAAGCAAACCACAGUCAGUUCCCGGGUAGACUGAGGAAACGGUUCGUGUAAAAACCUACAUAAACUGGCCCUUGGUUUUCGGUGUUCAGCAUACUGUUGAAAAAGUGAAAUUGCACCGCACACGGUCUCGCGAACCUAAAGCAUAUUAUGUAUUGGUGGUAAAAACAAAACAAAAAAAAAUACCCCCACACACCAACACACCCAUGCACAAGAAAAAACAGGUUGUGAACGAUCACAGGAAGCCUUGGGACGGGACAGCGAAAAGCAUUAGACAAACGCACACAUCGCUCGGAUCGUGUUUGAGAAGCUAGAAAUAACAUAGCAGACCCGAGAACAAGAAACAUUUAAGCAUAAUGUUGAAGAACAAAGCCACCGAAGAAAAGGUCGACACACUGCUGUCCAAGAGUCAAAUUCCGAUCAUCGAUCUUGCGCACUGUGGAACGGAAGAGUGUCCCAUCCGGUCGGUGGUGAAUCGUGUCGGACAUCAGCUUCACAAAGCGCUUAGCGAAAAAGGCAUCGCACUACUGGUCAACCAUGGGAUCUCCGAGGAUAAGAUGAAACAAGUGUACGGCCACCUGGAUGACUUCUGCAAGCUAGCCGAUGGUACGAAGGAGACGUACCUGCGCAAGGGGGAGGCAAACCAUGGCUACAUUAAACCGGGCCAGGAGCGCUUCGACGGCAAAUCGAAGGACUUGCGUCACACGUACAACAUCUGCACGCUCAAGCCUCAGGACGGUCCGCUGCCGGAUGAACCACUGCCCGGCUUCCGGGAACACGUAUCGGAUCUGGCGACGGACUUCAAGCGCCUAUCGUCACUCCUGCUGCAGGCGCUGGCCGCCGGUAUGGAGCUUCCGUACGGGUACUUUCUCGAGAAGCACCGUCACAUCCUCGACGGGGAGGGAGAAAACCAGUCCACCUUCCGGCUGCUCUACUAUCCGCCGCUCAUCGAGGACGAUGGCAAGAACGAGCUGCUUCGGGGUACGUGCAAGUACAGCCAGCAGCGCUGUACGAAGGAUGAGAUCGAUCUGUCGCUGCCCGAGGACUACCGCGCGAAGGCCCGUGAACUGGCGGAGCAGGAGCACGAAAACCAGCAGAUCACACGCUGCGGGGCCCACUGCGACUACGGGACGUUUACACUGUUGGCCCAGGACUCGGAGGGUGGGUUGGAGGUGAAGCUACCUGGAACCGAUCGGUGGAAGCGCGUCGGCCACCUGCCCGGUGCCAUCCUGAUCAAUGCCGGUGAACUGUUGUCUACCUGGACGGGUGACAAAAUUUCUGCCCUCGAGCACCGUGUCAUUAUCCCGCAGGAGGAAACGAUCCGCACACGUGGCCGCCAUUCGUUGGCCUUUUUCGUUCAUCCUGACAACUGCAUCUCGAUUGCCCCGAUCGAUCUGCCCACGUCCAGUUCCUCGAACUCGCUCGAUUCGGACGAGAAGAAAACCAAGGGACGCAAGAAGUCCUUCAAAACGGCCAAGAGCAAGAUCUACAAUGCAUACCAGCACGUGCAGCGUCGCUUUAAGGAAACGUACGCGUCGUAGUCUCUCGUUUCGAUGGGAAGGAUGGACAUACGUCCUCUGGGCAGCAAUAGGACGUGAUUUGCGUGUGUCUCUUUGAGCGUUCGAGUGUGUAUGUGUGCGUGUGUGUGUGUGUGUGUGUGUGUUCGAUCGUGUGCGUGCGUUUGUGUUGCAGUUUUCCUUGCGUCAAUACACAGGAACGUCAACUAGCCAUUAUUAUUAUUAUCAUCAUCAUCAUCGACUUGAUCCUUGCCAUCGCUUAGUGCAAGGAGAGAGAUAGUGAUAGGAAAAAAGAGAAAGCAAACAAAGGGAAACAAGCAGCCAGUGGGAGUGAUUUUUGUCGGUGCUGUAUUUAUGAGACUUUAGCCACAAUUUAUUCCACCACUUUCUUCCAUCCUUUUGGUGUACUUUUUUUUAACUAAAUAAUAUAAACCCGUGUAGAAAAAAAAAGAAAAACAAUCUUUGCUACCCCACUGUA